AUGUCUACCGCGCAUAGGCCGACAUGGGACCCCGCUCAAGCAAAGGACGUGAAGGGGGGCUCCCGCCAGUUCUCUGUGCGCGACAUGGCUGCGCACACGAAACUCAAGUUUCGUCAGCCUGGUCAGACCGCCGUAAAUGAAGUCGCACGUCGUGAUCUGCGCGCGGAGCUACUCGUUGCUGAGCAAGAGGCGCGUGAGCGAAAACGCAAGGCAGAAGGAAAGCCCGCGCUCGCGGUGGAGAAUGGGCGCAAUGAUGAGGGUGAGGAUGCUAACAAGCGGCGGAAGUUGCUACAGGAGGCGUUGGCGCUGGACCGAGACGAUGAUGAGGAUGAGGAUGCAGGUGAAAAGGCGGAGAAGGAUAGUAGAGGAGGAAAGGGCGGAGACGACGACGCAGCUAAUGAAGAUGACGACGACGACGAUGAUGAUGAGGACGACGAGGAAGAUGACACAGCUGAGCUUCUUAGAGAGCUCGAGAAGAUUAAGCGUGAGCGAGCGGAGGAAAAGGCUCGGCAAGAGCAGGCACAAUCUGCGACUCAGGCUGCAGCACGAGAAGCAGAGAUUGCAACGGCGAAUCCGUUACUCAAUCUCGCUGCAGCACUGGGUCAAAAUCCAAAUGGUGUGAAUACUACUGUUCCCGGUACAUUCUCAGUGAAGCGGAGAUGGGAUGAUGACCUGAUAUUCAAGAACCAAGCCAUGAAUGCGCGAGACAAGGAUAAGGCUUCGGGUCACUUCGUGAAUGACCUCUUACGGACUGAAUUUCACAAGUGA